UUUGACGCCAGUUGAUGACGCCCCCAUGAGAAGUCCAGCUCAAAGACAUUCGAUCCUAUUUAUCACCAUCUCUCUAUUGUUCAGUAUCUUUCUGAAUCCAAAAAACAUCUGCUACUCUCGAUAAUCCACCCAAACCUACAUUCAACAGAGAAGUCGACCUUUACACACCGCAUCAGGUCUCGACUUCGUCUAUCAAACCGAGUUUUCGCACUUCUCCCGGGCAUCAGCCCAACACCUUACAUUCACUGGUUGUGAUCGACAAAAUCUAUUGUACUGAGCGGUCUUUAAGGAAAUCCGCCGCCCCGCGGGAGUUUGCCUGCACUGCGUGAGCCUCGGACCCAAGGAGAUACUACUAACCCCCCAGGAACCAACAGGAACCGUAUCUUUGAAAACCCAUUCCGGACUCGACUUGCAUCUCACACGAUGUUGUCCACGCCAAACUCAAGCAUUGAGCGUCGCCGCACGACCCACCGUCGGCAAAACUCCACGCCUCAACUUGAGUCGGCCAACGUUCGACCCCUUCCAGCCAUCGUCCAGCGUCAAACCAACCAGGGUCACCGACGAGGGAUGAGUCUCGACAUCCCCCGGAACCCCUACAAGCGGACGAGGUCGCCGCCGUUGUCUUCGAUGAUCACGACGCCGACCCAGGAGCUGGAGUCGACGGUAAGUAUAGCUAACCCCCACACAGGACAGGACCCUCAACAACAUCCGACGCAGGUAGCGCAGUUGCAAAACAUGCCUCAGCUGGGGCAACAGAACCAGCACCAUCAAUCCCUAGGACCGCGGGCGGCCUAUUCCCCGGACCCAACUCAGUACAAUGCGUCGUUGACGACGCACUCACAACCAGCCACCCCCCGAUCGCCACUGAAAUCGCCGGAGGAGCGGCUCCGCGAAUUCCGUGAGCGCAUCAACGAGUUCAGCGAUCUGGGGAUCAUCCAAGUCAAUAUUCUCCCGACGCCCAUGGCAACACCGCAGAAACAAACGAACACGGCGCCACACGGUGACAACUUAGAUGUGGCGCCCAUGCCAUCAAGUUUUGGUGACGUGACGGAGAUCAAUCUCGACCCACCAGGGAUGGAGCAGGUCUUCUCCAUGAACGUGGACAAUCCGGAGAGCGACCGAGAGAAUGAGUCGUCGUAUUAUUCGUCCGAUGCUUUCUCUCCAGAGCGAUCGCCGACUGUUUCGCCCCAACUACGAUCAACAGCCACGUUUGGCGGAUUCCCCGUCACUCCCGCACCACCAAUCUCAUUCUCACCCUCUACCACACCGUACAUGCCUUCGUCCCAAGCAGGCGAUGAUCUUGAUGCACUCCUCUCGUCACCCCAAUUUCACCCUGGAUCUCCUUCCGCCGGAGUGCAGGUUGCCGGCAUGUACCUCAACGCAUCCAUCGAAGACACGGGGAUCUCCUCCGCCGAAGUGCAAGCAUUUAUCGGCGAGCAAGACCCCGUCAGCCACAAAUGGACCUGCCUGUUCCCGCAGUGCCGCAAGACCUUCGGGCGCAAGGAAAACAUCAAAGCCCAUGUGCAGACCCAUCUCGGCGACCGGCAGUUCCGCUGCAACGACUGCAACAAGUGCUUCGUCCGCCAGCACGACCUCAAGCGCCACGCCAAGAUCCAUUUCGGCGACAAGCCGCACAAGUGUCUCUGCGGGACCGCGUUUCAGCGCCAGGAUGCGUUGACGCGGCAUCGACAGCGCGGCAUGUGCUCGGGAGCGUUUCCAAAUGCGGUGCGGAAGACGGCGAGGAGAGGGCGACCGAAGAAGAAGAGACCCGAGUUGGAGCAGCGGGUGGAGAAAGCGCUCCGAGCGAGGAUCAUGGAUAAGGAGGAGGAAACGGGCCUGGAGAUCCACUCCAGCGGCCCGUAUGCAUCGUCCUUGUCGGGGGCAUCGGAGGGUUCAUAUCCAAUUAGCCCGGCCACCAGCCCGCCUCCCUUCGAUGCCACGCAGUUCACCACUUUGGGUGGUGACACUCAGGAGGAUGUGUCAUUCAGCGACCUCAAGUUCAGCAUCGACGAAAUCGAAUCCGAAUCGUUCACCUCGUCCCCAUCGGCCACCGGCGGCGCCAAUCGCGAUGGGCCAGCAAGUUUAACGGAGGAAUUUCCCCUCCCGCCCUCGCUCGUCCAGGCAGACGUCGAACUCCCCGGUAUCGUUAAAUGGAACAGCCUGCCGCAUGGAUUGGAUCCGAAAACCCCGCCCGCGUCGCCUCCGCUGGGUACUAUCAGCCCCGCACAACUGGGCUCCCCGACCAAAAGCCUCCAAAGCUUCGACGCGGACGAGAAAAUCCACUUCGGCCUCGCGCGAAGUCGCGUCAGUAGCGCGGGAGAAACACCGCCGACCAGCCCCAUGGACUCGCAGAUGAUGGGCGGAGCGCAGGACCUGGAGUCGCGGGAGGAGGAAUUGAAGUUAGCAGAGGAUCUGAAGAUGAUCGGGCAGGACAUGGAGGGGAUGGGGUCCAGUCUCGGGGUCAAUAUGGGGCCGUCGGGGGUGUUUUGCGAUGUCGACUUGUUCUGCGACGUCGGGAUGGGGAAUGCAGCGCCGGGGGAGUGGAGUGAGGAGAACUGGGGAUGGUGAUGGAUCGCGUUCUUGGAUAAGCGACUUUGGAAGGUUACGCCGUGUCUUUUGAUCGGCUGGCAUUCGAUGGAGCAAUUGGGAACGCUUUUCUUAUAUCUCCUUGCAGACUUGUUGGUUACGAGUGAUGACGCUCUUCGAUAGCUUGUGUUAUGUAGUCAAUAUGACAGAUUGUACGAUGGACUCGAAGGGAACCACCAUGGACUAAGUGGUGUAGA